CAUUCACCCGAACCAACCAAUCGAUCGAUAGUUGUCAACAUGUCUGCCGAAAUCAAGCCAUUCCCAACCACGGACGAUGAACUCAAAAGCGAUGUCCGAGUCUACUUCUCCAAAGUCGAGGGCAAGCAUCUUCUCGAGGACGAGGACGGCCAAGACUGGGAGCUUAACGAAGGCUACACUUGGAUUCCUAAGAAAACGAUGGUCGAUGAAGAGCGUGUUCGCCAGUUCCAAUCUGUCUAUGCGUCUGGCGGACUCAACGAGGUCGAUGAAGAGCGUCGUGUCAAGCCCAAGAAGGCUCCGAAGACCGAGCAGCCGCGCAUCGAGAAGCCUAAUUGCGCUAUAUACAUCACCUCGCUUCCCCUAGAUGCGACUGAAGAGGAGGUCGCCACCGAAUUCUCCCGCUACGGUGUCAUCGCAGUUGCUACAGAGUCUGGACAUGCGCGAGUCAAGCUGUAUAAUGAUGAGGACGGCAAUUUCAAGGGCGAUGCCCUCGUCGUAUACCAUCGCCCGGAGUCCGUACAGCUAGCCAUUCAAAUGGCUGACGACGCCGACUUUCGCAUUGGACAGAAGGGGCCGCCUGCUAUCAUCCACGUCACCGUCGCGGAUACAACCUACAAGAAGCAGAAGGAACGUACGGCCAAGGUCGGCAAGGAGAAGCGCAAGAUCGUCAACAACUUGCAAAAGUUAAACGCAAAGCUUACGGACUGGGACGAUGAUGAACCGUCCACAAUCCCAAAGGCUGCCUCUAAGUACGACAAGAUGGUCGUCCUAAAGCACAUGUUCACGCUCCACGAACUCGCGACAGAUCCGAGUGCGGCCCAGGAGAUCAAGGAGGAUAUCAUGGAGGAGUGUGAGGAGAAGUUCAAGGGCCUCGGAACUGUCGCUAACGUUACUCUCUUCGAUCAAGAGGCGGAGGGAGUUGUCACUGUCCGCUUUUCCACUGUCGAAGCGGCAAAUGCGUGCGUCAAGGUCAUGAACGGUAGGAACUUCGAUGGCCGGGUGGUAGAAGCUUCCAUCGCGACUGGAGAAGAGAAGUUCAAGAAGACCAUCGAGAAGCGUGAUGACGUCGAGGAGGAGAGGCGACUCGCCAUGUUCGGCGACUCGCUGGAAGAGGAUUUCAAAUAGGGACACCAUUCUCAUUCACACCUCUGGCCCAUGUAUCGAGGCACCAUAUAUCAACCACAAACUUUCAUACAAUGCCUCGUCAUACAUAUCUUCUACACUCUUUUGCCGCUGCGUGAGGAGCCUCAGGAUAUUUUCACCAUUCCGAAUGAGAGAAUUCUUGCAUUUUAGACAACGAGCAGACUGGCGAGGCCACCCCAGACAGCGUCAGCAGGGUGUACGUAAAGCAGGUUAGAAGUCUUUCCGCUGCCCACGGUUGCUAUUACAGUGCUAGCUCAUCAGUUUAGGCACGCGGAUAUCUCGCUGGUCGGCCUUCACUUUUGCUCACUCCUUACCACUGUAAGGAGUACCCCAGCUAGCAUGUCUUCAGUCGGUCAAACAGUAGCCCUAUUCCCCCUGCAUGUAAAAAUUAU